AUGCCCAAUUUCGUGCCCGCACAGGAAGCUGGCGCUCAACUGCCGAACCCAGCUCCCAAUCAGCUCGACGAGAAAAUUGUGUUCCGUAAUGGCCAUUCAGAUAUCACGGCUGCUAGCUUGCCGAGCGUUUCGACUGGUCUGAGUUUGAAUAACGACCGUUUGGAUGAAUUAAAAACGUCGGAAGCAUCGCAUUCCUUGGAAAAUUUCUCUUCAGCAGAUCCUCUGAAGAGUCCUGAUGCGGAAGAAAGUCUCCGACCGGUUCUGAUGGACACAUCAGACUCUAUUUCCCCCCUGAUGCCCGCUCAUGUCGAUCCACUCGCUGCAUCAAAAGCCUCUGUACCGCAAACAGCGUCUCUCGAAACAACCGGCAACGAUGAUACCACUUCUCCAUUUGUUGAUGGUGCAAUAGAUUCUAUGGAAUCCUUCCCAUUAAUCAAAAAUGGGGAGGAUCAAAAUAUCGACUCGAUCCAAGAUAUCUUUCUUCCGCACUUGACAGAACACUCCGAAGUUUCUCCUUUCCACAGUGGUGCUCAAUCUUCCUCGCCUGCAAAAGCACAUGGAGAGCACGGCGUUACCAAUAUACCCCUUGCGAACGAAUCUUAUCAUCAUAGUAGUACCGAUGACGACGAUGAUGAUUCUUCCAACGACGAAUCGUCGUACUUUGCUGAUCCAAACAACCUACCCUCUCCCAAGAGUGGACGGCGUUUCUCUUGGUCCAGUACGGCUUCAGCUCCGCAGCUUCCUAUCGUCAAUCUUCAACGCCAGCGCAGCUAUACGCGUGAAACCGACGCUAGUCUUUCCCUAUCCGAAGACAGUGAGAACGGAGAAGACUGUGACGACAAUAUGCACCAUUCCGACCCGGGAUUUCCGUCGCACCCUCGGACGAGCUCAUCUCUCGUACCCACGCAUCGUGCACGAAACGUUACCGACCUACAAACGUACCCGAUUAUGCGUAUGCAUUCUGUCAGUUCCCUCGUCAGCACAUCUUCGCACAAUAGUUCCGGAAGUGACGAUACCAGUCAAGCAGAGCUCCGGCAUGCAACACAAGGCAACUACUAUCUAACUCAGUCUAGUGAAGUCAGUGGACGGACAUCGCCGACGAUGGGAGAACAUCCGCGCUAUCCUCAACCUUCACCACCGGUGAUUGAUAGCCUAUCUGCCGCAAACUCUGACUUCACGCUGUCUCAUCCACAACCUCAAUUUUUGACUGCUGAACAGUGGGUUGCGUCGAUGGCAGCGUCGGGAAGGCAGCGGCAACCCACCUAUGAAGCAAUGGACAUUCCACCUGCUAGUCUCAGAUCAAAUAGCAGUGCGUGGUCCAUGGAAAAUCACGCGUUGGCUUACAGUGGAGAUGGACUGACUUCACAAGGAACCGAUAACACGCACACAGCUGCCCCUUCCAUCCCAGACUCCAACAACGGGGGUGGAAGUAGUGGGGAUGGUAAAUUUGCUUACUAUCCGAAUUCGAACAGCGUGGCCUCGUCAACUGGAGACAACGCUCGCGGUGGGUACUCCUAUGGAAGCACACAAUCGCGAGCGGCGCUGACCAAUCAGAAUAGCCUGCCGUCCGAAGAGGACGACAUUGAGGAUGAACACCGCGAUGGCAACGGAUUCAAAGUCUAUUGGCAACGUUGGAUCAUGCUGUUCUAUAUGUCAAGUCUAAAUCUUCUGUCAGACUGGACGUGCUAUUCGGUCGCACCCAUCGCGGUCAUGACAGAAGAAGCGUUUGGAAGUAUUAAUCCUGAGCUCUUGGUCGUUAUUUUUCUGGGUGCCAACGCCAUCACCACUGUUUGCGAACCAAUAAUUCUCUCGAGAUUGGGCCUUCGUCGUACAGUUGUAUUUGGUGCGCUCUUGUUAAUGAUUGGAAGUAUUAUUAAGAGCGGUGGUAUGCCACCGAUUAUUCGUGCCGACAUUCAAAAGGGAGAAGGCGAAUGGCGUGUCUACUUUGGAUUCUUCCUCGUCGGAUUAUCGCAACCCCUGUACCAGUGCACUCCAGCGCUGCUUUCAGCUUCUUGGUUUCCUGAACGCGAACGCACCAUGGCAACGGGAGUCGCAUUAAACGCUAACCAACUCGGAAUUGGCUUCGCGUUUAUUUUCGGUACUUUGCUGGUAGCGAAUAGCGAUGAUAUUCCCAACUACUUUGGGUUGCUCAGUAUCAUUUCCACUCUGACUUUCUUGGGAACUUUGUUCCAGUUUGAUGAUGCGCCUCCCACACCUCCGUCGGAUACCGCUCGUGUCAUGCGUGGAACACUUCAAACUCAAUUACCCGGCUGGGGGGAAUUUGUUGCGUCAGUGCAGAGUUUAGGAACGUCAACACGUGGUCUUGCCGAGGCUGUAGGUCGGGCUGGAGUGCCUCAACGGGACUUCAAAACCAUGGACAACGCCCCUGUAUCUUCGGCCGGUACAGCCACCACCACUGCUGCCGCUAGAGCGAAAGCCAAACCAUUGCCAGGGUCUGGGCAGCGCUCCGGUCGCACUUCGUCGAGCCGCAAAGGCCAUCGUAGUUCCAACAAUAUCGUUGGCCGCCAAAAGAAAGUCAAGGUAUCCAGAGAACAGCUUGAGACGGGUAUUCUUGCAAUGGGACCCGAUGCCGAAUUUCAUGGACUCAAACCUUCUCCGGUCAAAUGGGGACGAGUUUCAAAAGAUCCUCUGACGGAUUCUGGCAGUGGUGACCGAGUCUUCGCCGCGCCGUCUCCUAUGAUGCAGGGGCCAGUUGGACAGACCAACAAUGAAGUCGAGGAUAAUUCCUCCGAUGAAAGGGAGGAUGGUCUUUCGCAAGGAGGCUUACCUUACGCAAGUCAGGAUCCAAUGCAUAGAAAUUCGGUAUACCCUCCGGGUGGCUAUCCUGUUUUUCCACCAACGCCGUACGGUGCUCCGGUUGUCAAUUACCAGUAUCCGGAUUAUCAAAGCUAUCAUCAGUACCCGCAACCCGUUUGGGACCCUCGAUUCCAGCAGUAUGUGUACCCUCAAUAUGGUCAUCCCCAGUUUUACCCACCUCCGAAUGACGCAUUCCACUAUGGACACCAGCAAGCUGCACUCCCGCUGCAUCCUCGUUCGACAGGACGGGCGUCCAUAUACCCGUCUACGCCCGAAUUUAUGGACGAAGGAGCGGAACCUGUUUUGACCAUGACGCCGCAUCAUCUGGAUAUCAACAUUCGUGACGAUCAAGUCAUCUUGUCAAUUAGAGCUUGCUUGCGGCGCCCAGGGUUUAUCCAUGCCCUCGUGGCGUUUACUGUAUCGGGCAUAGUCAUCAACACCCUGUCAACGUUCAUGGAUUAUCUCGUUCGUUUAAAUGGAGUUGGGCGUGAGUACACAGGCAUUGUCGGGGGAUCGUUCCAAUUCUGCAUUAUGAUUUCAAGUUUGAUUGUUGGGACGCUUACGGAUAAGACCCGGGCGUACUACUCGGUGACAGUUGCGAUGCUUGUUCUAGGUGCCUUUGGAUUGGCAGAAUGUGGUGUGAGUCUCGAUAGCAACCGAGGUAGUGAGCUACGCUAUGCUCUCGUCAUUGUUGCCGUUUUGGUCGGGCCGCUGCAGCCUGUGUCCACCGAACUCGGUGUUGACGUGGUAUAUCCAUUGAGUGAAAACACUGUUUUGGUGAUUCAGCAGCUCUUUUCCAAUCUCUUGAGUGCUCUUUUUAUCCCGUGCUUCAAAGCUAUGAAAGAUAUUGGGAUUGGGAGUGGCGAUCAUGAGCAUCCGGAAUACACCUUUUCAUUUUAUCUCUUGAUUGUGUUGCAUGCUACCGCGACUGUAUUUUUUGCAACGUUCAACGGACGGUACCUUCGUUACGAGCAUGAACUCGAAAAAAGAGCGAUCGAAGAGCGCAGGGUCGAAGCCAAGGCAAAAGCCGAACUGAGAGCCGCUUUCGUGCGGGGCGAAGCAUAUUCUGACGGGUUACCAGAAACUCAAUCUUUGAUGCAGCAUCCAUUUGUUUAGUACACAAAUCAAUUUCCUAAGGAAUGGAGUCAUGGAUUUCACAAAAGAUCUUGCUCAGCAGCUUCCUAAUUUCAUGCCUGUUUUUGCCAAUCGUAUCAAGUAAGCAGCAUCAUGUCUCAUUGCGAGUGAUGCGGAAACUUCACAGUCAAGUUUUGCCGGGCCAUUUAUGAUGAACUAGAAAAUUGCAGCAAGAACCGACCAGAACUGUACCGGGAUCACUUUAGCUUCACUGUUAGCAAAGUAGUGUAAUUACUAACUGUAAGCAGAGGCAGCCACAGCUUACUU